ACAAUCUGAGUGUGUAGUCGCAGGUGGAGAGGCCGGGGUAGCGUUUUAUUAGAAGGACGGUAGAAGCAGAUGAAUCACAAUGCGGUCUUCGGCUUGGUUCGUUGCCCGAUGCGCUCUCAUCCUCUGGGUGAUUGAGGGAGGUGAAGGACAGCGGCAGUGUACUGAGACGGACUACUAUUAUGAGUACACCGAGUGUGACAGCACAGGAUCUCGGUGGAGGGUGGCCAUCCCACAGAGACCCGGGGCCUGUGCUGGACUACCGGAGCCAGUGAAAGGCACUGAGUGCACCUUCUCGUGCAAAGCCGGGGAGUUCCUGGAGAUGUCGGCCCAGGAGUGCACCCAGUGCGCAGCUGGGAGCUACUCCCUCGGCAGCGGUGUACGCUUCGACCAAUGGGACAGCAUGCCUGCUGGAUUCAGUAGCAUGGCGACCUCCCUGGGGAACGACCCCCACAGGGAUGCCCAGCUCACCUGCAACAGUUCUUCCUGGGUGCCUCAGGGAAACUAUCUGGAGUCCAACAGGGAUGAGUGCACAGUCUCUCUCAUCUAUGCUGUUCAUUUGAAGAAACAAGGCUCCGUCAGCUUCGAGUAUCAAUAUCCAGACAACAACUUGCCGUUUGAGUUCUUUAUUCAAAAUGACCAGUGUCAGGAGAUGGAUCAGUCUGCUGAUAACAAGUGGCUAAAGGUCACCAAUCAUGGAGAGUGGGCAACCCACACGGUGAACUUGAAAUCUGGCACCAACAUUUUAUACUGGAGGACUGGAGGUGUUCUGGGGUCCAAGGUGGUGAAGCCUGUUCUGCUGAAAAACAUUCAAAUUGAAGGUGUUGCCUACACUUCAGAAUGUUUCCCUUGUAAACCCGGGACAUUUAGCCGUGUUCCAGGCUCCUCCACAUGUGAAUCCUGUCCUCGGGACACCUACUCGGGCCAUGGGGCCAGCUCAUGCACCGCCUGCAACACCACCACUCAGUAUGCAGAGGAGGGAGCGGCGGCGUGUAAGAACAGACCUCCCUGUUCCAAAAAGGACUAUUUCCAAAUUCACACAGCCUGCGACCUUGAAGGCAAGACGCAGGUUAUAUAUAAAUGGAUUGAACCAAAGAUCUGUCUCGAGGGUGUCCAUGGAGCAGAAACGUUGCCUCAAAGUGGCGACCGUGAGCCGUGUCCGCCCUGUAAUCCUGGUUUUUAUAACAACGACACGGCCACCUGCUCCGCCUGCCCACCCAGAACAUACUCUGAUGGAAUGAAACCGUGCCAGCGGUGCCCUGCAGGUACAGAACCUGUCUUGGGUUACGAGUACAAAUGGUGGAAUGUUCUUCCUUCAAACAUGAAGACUUCCUGUUUUAAUGUGGGCAACUCCAAAUGUGACAAAAUGAACGGUUGGGAGGUAGCAGGAGAUCAUAUACAUAGUGGAGCAGGAAGUUCUGACAAUGAUUACCUCAUCCUCAAUAUUCACGUUCCCGGUUUCAAACUGCCUACGUCCGUGUCAAGCCAGUCAGUGGCAGAAUUUGGUCGUGUCACAUUUGAGUUUGAAACUGUGUGCACAACUGACUGUGAGCUUUACUUCAUGAUGGAUGUCAAUAGAACGAGUACUACAGUGGUGCAGUCAUGGGAGAAAACAAACAAACGACAGACCUACACACACGUCAUGACAAAAAAUGCUUCAGUUUCCUACACAUGGGCUUUUCAGAGAACCAACCAACCUUCAGAUGUACGUUGGUACGUCAACGAUGUGGCACGCAUCUACUCCAUCACAGUGACCAACGCGCUUGACGGUGUGUCCUCUAGCUGCCGGGCUUGUGCCCUCAGCACCCAGCCUUCCGGCUCUGCGUGCGUACCCUGCCCACCGGGUCACUACAUAGACACUCUAUCCAGCAAAUGUGUGGAGUGUCCACCCAACACUUACCUUGUCCCUCAUGCCGCAACGGGACCUGAUGCUUGCACACCCUGCGGACCGGCUAGCAAGAGUGACAAGGAUCACAGGAAAUGUUACAGCGACUGUCACUUCACCCACACAGACGGCAACGUCACUCUGACUUUUGACUUCAGAUCUCUCGGGUCUGUGAUGUCGCUGAUGAAUAGUCCCAAAUUUACCACCAAAGGAACCAAAUAUUUCCACGUGUUCAAUAUCAGUCUAUGUGGAGAACAGGGUCAGUUGGCGGUGUGCACAGACAACGUUACAGACCUGUCCAUCUCCGGUGCUCGGGGAGAGAAAGGCGAAGGGCCCAGCGCCGUCAGGAGCUUCGUCUGUCAGUCAACCAUAAUCCCAGCUAGUGGAAGAGGAUUCCACACUUCACUCUCCUCUCAGUCCAUUAACCUAGCUGACACUUUUCUUGGUGCAACUGUAGAGGAUGAUAUUGCAGGAGUGAAAGCAAGUCCAGAGCUGUUUUCUCAAACUUCAAAGAAAGUCCCUGAUGUCAACUUCUUCUACAGAUCAUUGGAGGCAACUUCAUCUUGUGAGUCUGGCCGGAGUGCCGUGGUGACACUUCGCUGCAACCCAGAUAAAAGCACCAGUGGCGAGCUCUCAGUUCCCAGUCAGUGCUCUGAAGGAACAUGUGAUGGCUGCACUUUUCAUUUCCUAUGGGAGAGCUCAGGAGCUUGUCCUACAUGCACAGAAAGAGACUAUCAUCUGAUAGAGGGAGUCUGCAAAGGAGGACACCAGGACAUGCUGUAUGUGUGGACUGAGCCGAAACUGUGCAUAGGAGGCGUGGCCUUGCCCGAGAAGAAAACCUUAGCAUGUGAGGGUAUGGAGUACUGGGUUCGGCUUGGCACGGGGAUAGGAACCUUUGCUGCAGCGCUGCUCGUCUCGCUCACCUGCUACUUCUGGAAGAAAAACAAGCGGUUGGAGUACAAAUACUCCCGCUUGGUUAUGUCUGCCAAUAAGGAGUGUGAAAUGCCCGUGGCCGACAGCUGUGCCGUGAUGGAGGGGGAGAACGAGGGAGACAUGGAGGACGAGGUCGUGUACACAAAACCUUCACUGCUUGGGAAACUCAAAGCCAUAGCGUCCAAGGGUAAUGGGGAGAAAUAUGAAAACGUGCAGCUGAACUCGUCUCAAUCCAAAGCUCUGGUGUGGAGCUAGAGUUGUAGGAGUGUGAGCUAAGGGGGAGACAUUAGACCCUAAAGACACUUUCCACAGGGUGACCCCCCCCCCCACCUCCUUUAACCAACAGUCUUUAUGAGGUUUGGUUCCUGGAUUACCACUAGUGUGUAGAAAUACACACAGAAAAACACACAUCUUGCAUAUUUUCAAGGAAGUCACUCUUACUUGGUGGCCUUAAAGCUUGGUACAACAGAGCCAUAUUACUGUGAAGCAGGUGUGUGUGUGUGUGUGUGUGUGUGUGUGUGUGUGUGUGUGUGUGUGUGUGUGUGUGUGUGUGUGUGUGUGUGUGAGACAGACUCUUCCAUCAUCCUCUGACUCCAGCUCUUGUCAGAAACGGUUGUUGGAAAAGCUCAGGGUGAGACAAGGACCUGUUUGAGUUCUUGUGUUCUGUGUUUGUUUGUAUUUAUUUCACUCUGUUUAAUGUGUGACAUUUGGAUUUCUUGGUCUAUAAAGAGCUGUAAAUAAACAUAAGUUAUGUUGUCAUGGUUGUGCUUCUAAUAAAAAAAACAUAUUUAUGUAUAAA